AUGGCAGCUUUAGAGACGGCAGUUGAGUGGCUGAGACCCCUAGUAAAAACAAAGGCGUGGGACUACUGUAUUAUUUGGAAGUUAGGGGAUGACCCUUCAAGGUUUAUAGAAUGGGGGACUUGUUGUUGCAGUGGAGCAAAUGGCAGACACUUCAAAAUGAAAGAAGAAAUUGGUUUGGAAAAGCAUUUGAUUAUUGAAUGCAAAGAUACAAGAAAUAAGCAUCCUGUUAGAACAAAGGCUUGCAGAGCUCUUGCAAAAUUUCCUUCUUCCAUAGGAUUGUAUUCUGGGAUUCAUGGAGAGGUAGUGAUAUCGAAACAACCAAAAUGGCUAACCCUUGCAAAUGCCUCUAUGUCGAACAGUUUAUCUGAACCUGUUGGAACCCAAGUUCUAAUUCCAGUUGCUGGUGGUUUGAUUGAGCUCUUUAGCAAAAAUCAUGUACCAAAAGAACAGAAAUUAAUAGAUUUCAUCUUUGCUCGGUUCAAAAUUUCUGCAGAACAAGAAAUCAUGUCUGAGAAGAGCUAUAUCAAUUUUAACCACCAAAUUGAUUGGCCCCCAUCACUUCAUUAUUUGAAUUUGCAUCCCGAAAUAUCACAACUAAAUAUUGAUUCUAGCUUUGAGGGAUCAUCCAUUAUCUCGACCCUUUCAAACGAGCAUCAAUCACUUAGCAUACACGCGGACCAUGUGUUUGGAAACAUGUUGCCUGAAAAAUCAAGUGGAAAAUAUUCAGAAAUGCCAAGCAGCAAUUUGAAUUUGAAAAGGAAGCAAAACGCGGAUGAGAAUGCCAAUUUGAAGGAAUUGCAAAGGGGAGGAAAGGAGCAUUACCAAUCAAAGAAUCUUGUCACAGAGAGAAACCGCAGGAAGAGGAUAAAAGACGGGCUCUUUGCUCUUCGCUCAUUAGUCCCAAUGAUUUCUAAGAUGGAUAGAGCUUCUAUAUUGGGGGAUGCGAUUCGAUACAUAAAGGAACUGAAGGAGACAAUUGAAAAAUAUCAAGAUGAACUUAGAGAAAUGGCAGAGGACUGCAACAGAAACAAUGCUAAAACUGAAUCUCGAAGCUCAAUCAAGGAGCUUGCUGACAAGGAAUAUUUACUGGCUGCUGAAAUUGACAAAGGUUAUAGCAUUGCAAGUGAAAAGAAACAAGCUCAGGUUGAGGUCGAAGUAAGCCAAAUUGGAGCAAAAGUAUUCUUGCUGCGAUGUAUAUGCGUGAAAAAACAAGGUGGCUUUGUGAGGUUGAUGGAGGCUAUGGAUUCUUUAGGACUAAAAGUGAUGGAUGCCAAUGUUACUACGUUAAAUGGCUCAGUCUUGAACGUUUUCACAGUAGAGGCAAAUAGAAGGGAGAUCGAGCCGAAGAGCUUGAAGCAAUAUUUGAUCCACCUGGUAAAUAAUUAG